AUGGAGGACAAUUGCAUCACCCACGAAGAUGCCUCCAAAGCACCAAACUCAGAGAAGGUUGAUCAAUCAAUGGUCCACCAGCCAACUUUGAUACGGUGGUAUAUUGAUACUAGGGACUGGGAAGACAAGGGUUUCGACCUUCCACUGGUCCACACUCUGACCCAGUCUGACCAAGAAGCUGUCAAGAGGUACUAUCACGCCUCAGACAAACGCAUGUCCCUGGCCUCACAGCUCUUGAAAUAUUAUUUUGUACACCAAACGACAGGUGCUAGCUGGGAUGAAAUCGAGAUUCAGCGCACUCCGGCUCCCGAAAAACGGCCAUUCUACGAUGCAAAUGUUGAUUUCAAUGUCAGCCAUCAAGCUGGUAUCACUUUAUUGGCAGGCACACGGGCUAGCAAAAAUAUCACUUCCGGGGGAACCUCUGCACCACGCGUCGGUGUCGAUAUUGCCUGUGCGGAUGAGCCCUCUCGUCGUCGCGCCGACCGGCCUCCAAAGACCCUUGCCGAUUUGGCGACUUUUGUGGACGUCUUCGCUGAAGUCCUCUCUUAUAAGGAACUUGAAACUAUCAAAAGUCCCCUCGGUACUAUUCGCAUGGCGUACGAACAUGGUCUGACUACCAUUAACCCGAAUGACACCAAUGAAGAGCUUCUCGCGGGCUACGGGCUACGACUCUUCUACUCGAUCUGGGCUUUGAAAGAGGCAUAUCUGAAAAUGACCGGAGAUGGCCUCAUAGCCUCCUGGAUUAAAGAGCUAGAAUUUUCAAACGUCGUUGCCCCAGCUCCUGCUAUACGAGACUCGUACAAGUCCGAGCCUACCAUUCAGCCUGCCUUUGCUAUUGCCCCUUCUGUGCAGAGAUGGAGUUCACCAUACAGCGAUGUCAAAGUCACUUUGAAGGGAAAACCUGUCGACCACGUGCGAAUGCAGCUAGUCGCUUUCGAAGGCGAUUACAUCGUCGCCACAGCUGCUUCCGGCUCCAAUGUCGGCGCUGUGCACAUUGAUGUCGUCAACAAAGAUAAUCACCAUAUGCCUGGAUAUAUCAACGUCGUUGAUCCCACCCAUGGAUCGAGGAAUAUUCGCAUCGCACCCGUUGCAGGGCGAGACGUCGGGGACCGAGAUCCUUGGCGCGUUCACUCGGCAAUUAGCGACCCUUGGCUGCCCAUGCAGGAGGUUGAUAUUGACGUCGAUAUCCGGCCCUGUGCUGAGGGGCGCUGCAGCCACCCGCUAAACCCCCACUCGGUCUUCGCGUAUGUACAUCCCCAAGUCACUCCACCAGGACCAAUAGCUAACCCUCGAUUUCGCAUCAAAGAAAUAUAG